GUCGAAUGACACCGCAGGCAGGCAGCGCAAUGCGAGCGAGAGACAUUUUCGCGGCGGCCAAAUUUGAUGUCUCAGAACUUAGCCACUGGGUGUACUCGUAUGCCAGCCACUUCCCACGCGCCGUCAGCCCUAGUGUAGCUGGGAGACACCAGGCACUUUACACAGAAGCUAGGCCUGUCGCAUUAGGUUUGUCUCUGUAAAGUCCUUGCUACAAUCGCUGCCUAUAUGUGUAGAUAGCUAUGCGCUUUGGGCCGUAGAUGCGCGUCCCAACCAACAGUUUCACAUAGGAUAGGCAUUUUCAACCAACCGCUGCAGGCAAAGAUCCUUCGUUUCGUGCCGCUAUCCGUACCAACUAGUGUACUUCAGAACCGGGGCAAGACAAACCAAGUAGCGUCGAUGACUGGCCAAAGAUUGAGGGGCUACAAGUACGAACACCUUAGUUGGACUCGCCCUCUAAAGGUUACGAGCACCUCGCGCAUCUCUAUCCAAUACCCCUGGCGCUGUAUCCGGACCAACGUACAUGUCGACCCGCUCAACCCCAUACCAACGCAAUCAUCCUUUUAAAAGCCAGCUUUUGAUCAUCUUUUCGUCCGCAUCUCUCAGAUUCCCCUGCUCACUACUGUUGCUAGCGUUCCCACAUGCCCAGCGUUCUGGGUUGACAAGAAGGCGCCACGAUACUACUAAAAAUCGAAAGGCCGUCGGCCAUUAGCCAUUGAGAUUAUCGCUAGGGAUCAUUGGAGACGGUGGGAAUUCACCGAGUUGUUCCACAGCUCCACACGCAUCUCCCUUCUCUACCUCUCCACCCUGCAACAACUCCGGAAUAUUGCUCUACCCUUGACGUAGACUCGUACUAGACUUGACUUGAGUCUUGAGUACAAGUUGAACGCUGUCCCCCCGUUCUCGUCCCAUCUACAGUACUCAGUCAUCCUCCGUGUCCCAAAUCAUACGACGUCAACCUCUGUCAACAUGGCGGCCAUAGAGGAGGUGCCUAUCCCCGAACCAAGAGGUCUUCCCUUCUUAGGACACAUUGCCGAGUUCAAUCCUGAGAACCCAUUGAACGACCUACAUCGUUUGGCUGAUACAUAUGGCGAGGUUUACCGGCUACGUAUGCCAGGAAUGACUGUGGUCUUCGUAUCCACACAAGCCCUUGUCAACGAAGUGUGCGAUGAGACUCGCUUCCAAAAGUCCUUGAACAAUGUCCUUCGCGAAGUCAGACACAUCGCCAACGAUGGUCUCUUCACUGCCAAACCAGAGGAACCCAACUGGGGCAUCGCGCACAGAAUCCUCAUCCCAGCUUUCGGUCCCGUCACCAUCCGCGGCAUGUUCGACGAGAUGGCCGACGUUGCCUCCCAAAUGGCCAUGAAAUGGGCCCGCCACGGAAGUCAGACACCGAUUCGCGUCACCGACGACUUCACUCGGCUGACCCUUGACACAAUUGCCCUCUGCUCAAUGGACUUCCGCUUCAACUCGUACUACCGCGAGGAACUCCACCCCUUCAUCAACGCCAUGGGCGACGCUCUCACAGAAUGCGGCAACAGGGACAAGAGACCAGCCUUUGCCAACUACUUCUUCCGGAGCACGGAGCAAAAGUUCUUCGCCGACAUUGAGCUGUUGCGCAAAACGGCCAGAGAAGUUCUUGAAUCACGCAAGGCAAACCCAUCAGACAGGAAGGACCUGUUGUCUGCAAUGCUGAACGGCGUGGACCCCAAGACGGGCCAGAAGAUGACCGAUGCCAGCAUCAUUGAUAACCUGAUUACCUUCCUUAUUGCCGGCCAUGAGACAACCUCCGGCAUGCUGUCUUUUGCAUUCUUUGAGCUUUUGCGCCAGCCAGCGGCCUACCGAAAGGCCCAGCAGGAAGUUGACGAUGUCAUUGGGCAAGCCCCCAUUACAAUAGACCACCUUUCAAAGCUGCCUUACCUGAAUGCCGUUCUCCGCGAGACUCUCCGUCUUUGCGCCACGAUCCCGGCCUUUGCCGUUGAAGCUAAGGAAGACACCCUCAUCGGCGGCAAAUACCCAGUCAAGAAGGGCGAAUCCAUUGCCUGCCUGCUCGGCAAAUCCCAACUUGACCCUAUCGUCUACGGCGACGAUGCCGGCGAGUUCAAGCCCGAGAGAAUGCUGGACGAAAACUUUGAGCGAACCCAGAAAGAAUUCCCGAAUUCGUGGAAACCCUUUGGCAACGGUAUGCGCGCUUGUAUCGGCCGGCCAUUCGCCUGGCAAGAGGCUCUGCUCGCCACAGCCAUGCUGCUGCAAAACUUCAAUUUUACCAUGGACGACCCGAAUUACCAGCUCAAGAUUUCUGAGUCUCUCACGAUUAAACCGAAGGACUUUUAUAUGCGCGCGACUCUGCGGCACGGCAUGAGUCCCACAGAGCUGGAGCACAAACUCGCGGGUAGGGGACCGAGUAAGACCAAGCUGGCCCAUCGGCCUUCGCCAUCAGCUCAGGCGAACGGUGAACAGACCAACGGAAACGAGGCCUCCGCACGAAGCGGGAGACCCAUUAGUAUCUACUAUGGCUCCAACAGUGGCACCUGUGAGGCCCUUGCCCAACGCCUUGCGACCGACGCGAGUUCCCACGGAUUCGACGCCACGGUCGUCGAGCCUCUUGAUACCGCCCGUGAAAAUCUCGUCAAAAACCAGCCCGUGGUCAUCAUUACUGCUUCAUACGAAGGCCAGCCACCAGAUAACGCAGCCCAUUUCGUCGCCUGGCUCGAGAGCCUGAAGGGCCAGGAGCUGCAGGAUGUCCCCUAUGCCGUCUUUGGCUGUGGACACCAUGACUGGGUGCAAACCUUCCACCGCAUCCCACAUCUGGUUGAUACUACCAUGGAGAAGCAUGGAGGCAGCAGACUCGUUCCCAUGGGUCUUACUGACGCUGCCGAGCGAGACAUGUUUUCCGACUUUGAAGUCUGGGAAGACGAAAUCCUGUGGCCGGCUCUUGCUGAAAAGUACGAAGUGGCCGAGGCACAGGACGGCAGUGGCUUGCAAUCCGGCCUCGCCGUGCAGAUCUCCAACCCGCGCACAUCUACGCUGCGGUCCGAUGUCCAGGAGGCUGUCGUUAUGGAGGAGAAGAUGCUGACUUCGCCUGGUGAACCCGAGAAGAGACACAUGGAUAUCCAGCUCCCAUCAAAUAUGACGUACAGGUCGGGAGAUUACCUCGCGGUGUUGCCCCUGAACCCACGCAGCAAUGUCGAGAGAGUUUUUAGGAGGUUCCAGCUAGCGUGGGAUGCGUGCCUGACCAUCUCUGGCGAUAAGAGGACUGCCUUGCCAGUCAAUCAGACGAUCUCUGCCCUGGAUAUUCUCAGCGCGUAUGUGGAGCUCGCGCAGCCGGCGACGAAGCGGAAUAUUUUGUCUCUGAUGGAAGCGACCCAAGAUGAUGACACCAUCAAGAAGCUGGAGCAGCUCGCAGGCGAUGAGUAUCAAGAGGAAAUCACCCAAAAGCGGGUUACCGUCCUAGAUCUCCUAGAGAGAUUCCCGUCCAUCGCGCUGCCUAUCGGCGCGUUCCUCGCCAUGCUCCCUCCCAUGCGUGUUCGCCAAUACUCAAUCUCAUCCUCUCCACUCCGCAACCCCUCCCAAGCAACGCUAACCUACUCGGUCCUCGACUCGCCCUCCUUAUCGGGCCAAGGCCGCCACGUCGGCGUAGCAACAAGCUACCUCGCCGCCCUCAAGAAGGGCGACAAGCUGCACGUCGCGGUUCGACCCUCACACGCCGCAUUCCACUUGCCUCGCGACCCGGAAAACACCCCGCUGAUUCUCGUCGCCGCCGGAUCCGGCAUCGCACCCUUCCGCGGUUUCGUACAGGAGCGCGCGGCGAUGCUGGCUGCGGGACGGACGCUUGCGCCUGCUUUGCUGUUCUACGGAUGCCGGAGACCGGGCGCGGAUGAUUUGUACCGCGAGGAGUUCGAUGCCUGGGAGAAGAUGGGUGCUGUUUCUGUUCGGAGAGCGUACUCUCGUGCUGCUACGGCUCAAGGGGAAGGGGAAGUAGAGGGUGGAAGUUGUCGGUAUGUGCAGGAUAGAAUGUACCGGGAUAAGAAGGAUGUAUCGGAGCUGUGGGCUCGUGGGGCCAAGUUGUUUGUGUGCGGGACGAGGAGUGUGGGGAAGGCGGUAGAGGAGGCUUGCGUGAGGGUCAUUUUAGAGUCUGCGAAGGAGGGCAAGGGUGAGGGACUUGCUGAGUUGAGGGAUUUGGAUUAUGAGGGGGCGAAGAAGUGGUUUGAGGGUAUUCGGAAUGAGAGGUAUGCUACGGAUGUGUUUGACUAAAGGGGUUCCUUGAUGAGUACGGACUUGGUUUGAUGGGCUGGAUGGUGUUUGUGUUGAGUUUAGGAUACCACUCCCCUCCGAGUGUUUGAUUUCACAUUUGCGUUUAGAUAUUAGAACGAGCAGGCAUGUCUCAUUACUGUACGAGCCAAUAAUUGGGG